UCUUUGUGCUUCAGAAAGAAGAUCACCAAGAUAAAAAGUGCAGUUUCUAACUCAUCUUCUCUCUUAUUCUACUCAGCACAAACUACUGAAAAACGCUUACCAGAUCGAAAUCAAACCCAGAACCAGUCUCUUUUUUUAUGGACACAAAAGAACCACUUCAAAGCCAGGAGUUGUCAGCAUUACUUUCGAAUCUAAAUGAAUAUGAUCUUCAAAAAAGAGACAUCUUUGGAAGAAACGUUUUACAUUGGGUUUGUAUUCUAGGAAGGUCUGAUAUUCUUCAACGAUUGCUAAAGUUAUAUUACAAUAAAAAAAUUCUGUAUCUGUGUCACAGAUUCAAAUCCUCAAACCACAACAGCAACAACAAGAAAUUUUUGAAUAUCCAUGCAACUGAUUAUGAAAGUGGCUACAAUAUCUUGCAUUUAUCCAUCAUAAAUGGAAAUUUCAGCUGUGUUUCUGCAAUUAUUCACUCAAAUAUUAUAUCUUCAAGGGAUAAAGAACGGCUAAAAAAUGCAAGAGACAGAGAAGGGCUUACUCCAAUAGAUUUACUAAAGCACUACACAAAUACCAGAACUUUUUACUACUAUCCUUCUUCAAUUGGGAAAGAUAGCGAUUUUUAUUGUUUAAAUACUUCAAUUAACUCGAAUUACCAAAUUAAUGUUGAAAAAAGAUGGAAUAUACAAGAACUUGACAAAUGUAAUCCAAAUGAUUCCAAUUACCAGGCAUACUUGAGAUUCAAAAAAAACACUCCAGUUAUUGAUAAUUGGUGGACACAAAAAAGAGGCGCUUUGGAUAUAUUUAUGCUUGGCUCCAAUAUUAAUGGAAUCUUAGGUACUGGUGACCUAGAUGACAGAUUAUUAAACCCGACAAAGGUGGCGAUCAAGCAAUACAAUUCAAAAUCUGCUACAAAUAAUAGGAAAUAUCUCAAUGAUAUACUAUUCCAACCACGAAUUAAAAACAUUUUCAUUUCAAAAUAUCAUUCAAUUGUAUUAACAAAUGAACAAUACGACAAUAUUUAUAUUUGUGGUAAAAAUUCAAAGGGUUUAUUAGGUUUAGGUGAACUCGAUAAUCAGCUACCAAAAUUAAAUUUUAUUCCAACAGGUGACAAUGUCUUUGAAGAUAUCAAUAUUGUUGAUGUAGCCUUAUCAUUAGAGCAUACUCUAUGUUUGUCCUCAAAAGGCGAGGUUUAUUCUUGGGGUUUAAACAAUUAUGGUCAACUUGGUUAUAAAGUCAAAUUUUCUCCAAACGAUAAUCUUUCUAAAAAUAAGAAAACUAAGUUAAUAGACCCUUUUAACAAUUUUCCUAAAAAAAUUAGUGGUGAUUUGAAAAAAGAAAAAAUAAUUGGUAUUUCUUGCUCCAAGAUUUACUCAAUCGCUUUUUCUUCCUCUCAUAUUUUCUUUUGGGGUUUGAAUGUUGGUCAAAUUGGAAUUACAUCUAUUGGGGAUGUUAUAAAAUAUAAAAAUUAUUCAAAAGCGGUUGUUCAAUCAAAUCCAAUAAAUAUCCCUUUUGUCUUUGGAACCAUUCAAAAUAUUGUUUCUCUAGAAUUUGCCACCGUCAUUCUAGUUGAAUCAACAAAUGAAUUACAUAUCUAUUUAAAUGGCUUUCAUAUAAAGGUUCAACCUCCACUUUACUUAUCUGAAUUUAGACAAUUGUCCAAUUUAGAAGAAAAAAAAGAAAAAAAAUUUCACACUUUUCAAUCUAUAUUUUAUACCUCUAGAAGAAAAAUAGUUAAAAUUGUUGGUAAAGAUGUAAAUUUAAUUGAUAACAUUUAUAAUUUCGGCAUUUUAUUUGAUACCGGUGAUUUAUUUACCUUCAAAAUUGAUGUUUCAAUUAAAAAUAUCUUAAAACUUCAAAAAUCUAUCAAAUUUAAAAGAGUUUGGAAACCACGUUCCUUUUCUUUGAUUGUCACAGACUUUGAGAUAGGAGCCGAUGGUUCUUUUGUUUUUUGUACUGCUGAUGGAGCUGUCUAUAAAACCGUUAGCAAAACACUUGCAUUUGAAAACAGUAUUUCAUUUAAAGAUAUCUUUUAUUCUAAUUCAGAUUUCAAAUUUAUUAAAGUUCCAAAGCUCACUAACAUUGUAAAAGUAUCCUGCGAUUCAUUAUUUUCUACUUUUGGUUUUUUGAAAAAUAAUACGGAUUUACUUCCCUUACGAAUUAAACAAGAACAAAUAAAUAACGAUAUACAGUAUUUGUCUCCAUUAUGCAGAUUUUCACCCCUGAGCAAGAGAGAUGACCUAUUUUCCAAUGAAUAUCACAUUCAAGAUGAAUUUAACACUUUUUAUUUUAUGCAACAGCAGAAAUUAUUAUAUGAAGAUAAUAGUUUUAGUAUAGAUGAUGACAAUAUUCAUGAAAAAAACCAAACCAUAUCUCUUGAUCAUUGGAAAAAGAGUUAUCUGGAUAGAUGGGAAAAAAGAUAUAAACUUACAACCAAUUCUCAUUUAUCUUCAUAUGAUAGCUUUGAAAAACUAAAAUCUGUGCUUAAUCUGAAAAAGAUCGCCGAAAAAUUGUCUUUGAUUGAUUUUACAACAAUCAAAAACUAUGAUUGUUUUUUUCAAGUUGAAAAUACAAAAAUCGGAGCUCAUAAAAUUAUUUUGGCAUCUAGAAGUCCUGUUUUUUAUAAAUUAUUUCAAUCUUCCAAUAAUGUUUUAACAAAGGAUGAUUUAAAAAUUUCUUAUGAUCCAAAAACUGAAGUAAUUAAUGUGCAAAACGCUAAUAUUAAUUCUGUUUUAAUAAUUAUUCAUUUGUUUUACACUGACCAAUUUGUUUCUACAUGGGAGAAUUAUAAAAUUAAAGAUGAAAGCAUUUCAGAAAUUAUAUUGGAAACUAAAAAAUUUACUUUUAAACUACUUGAAAUUUUCCUGCUAAACUUUUCUGUUGGCAGAUAUUUUAAAAAUAGGUUUUGUCAAGAUUUGAGAAAUUCAAUUGACAAUCCAUCUUUAAAUUCUUUUAAUGAUGUUACUUUUCAAUUAUCUGAUGGCAAAAUUUCUUGUGCAUCCUGCAUAUUACUAGCAAGAUCUGCUUACUUUGAAACAAUGUUUUCUAGAAUUUGGUUUCAAAAGAAUUUUAACAAAACAAUAAAUUUUUCUCAUGUUGAAUGUAAUGUUUUUAAAGUUGUUUUAAAACAUUUAUACGGUUGUGAUUUUUUAGAUUUGUUAGAUUCAAGUACCCAUCAGUUUUCAGUUGACGAACUAAUUGAUUUUUCUUUGAAAGUUAUAGCUGCUUCUGAUGAAUUGAUGUUGUUUACAUUAAAGGAUUAUUUUCAAUGUUUUAUUAUUGACUUUAUUGACGCUGAUAAUGUCAUAGAGUUAUUGAAUAUUGCUGAUGCUUUAAAUGCUAAAAAGUUGUUUGAAAAUAGCAUGUGGUUUAUUUUCAAUAAUCUUGAAGAAUUAUUAUUUCGACCCUUUUCUGAUUUGAAUGAUAAUAGUGUUUUGAAAAAAGUUGAAAAAUAUAUGAAAUUUUUUCAUUUAUUUCAAGGCCUUAAAGAUCCCAUUCAGAAAGAAUUGGAAAAUUCAAAAGUAGAAGACUCAAUUCAACAUUAUUCCAGUGAGAAAAGUGAUUCUCUAUUAAAGGGUUUUAUUAAUGAUAUGAAAAAAACAAAUGAAUUGUUUUUGGAUAGAAAAGAUGAGACAUUCCAUCCCAUAAUUGAUAUUGAUAUUCUGGAGCCCAAACCAAUAAGAAUUGAAAAGGCUUUACCAUCUGUCUCAACUGAAGAAAUUAAAUUAAAUCUUUCUUCUGCACCUAUUGGAAUUCCAAUUAAUUCAGUUCUUUCAUUAAAGCCUUCUGUUAUUAUUAAUGAAGAUUCUGUAUUAGAUGAAAUGUCAUCAGAUGAAGAGUUUAUUCCAGUUGUUUCUAAUCGCAGGAAGUCUUCUCAAAAUAAAAAUAAUAGUUUAAAUAGCAAACUUUCUCAAACACAAACAAGAAAGUAUUCAAAGACUGAUUAUGAAUCUUCAUUUGUUUAUCUAGAGUCUCCUGAACCAAGAAAAUUGUCAUUCUCAAGUUUCAAUGCAGAUUCUCCUCUUUUAUCAAAAACUCAAAUUCUUGGGAACUUUAGUGAAAGUAAACCCAUUCAUGAAAAUAACAAUGAUUUUAAAUUCGGACUAAGUGCUAAUAGCAAUUGGGGUUCUAUAAACAAUUCUUCUAAAACGUUAUAUGACAAUUUCAAUGAUAACAUUUGGCCAGAUUUACAAGGACCUCUGAACACAUCAAAAUUUGGAAGCAAGCUAAAUUCUAAAAUUUUCAGACUGAAUCAAAAAGAAAAACGUGAAAGAAGAUUUAGUUCAUCAUUAAAGGAGCCAGUAUUAAAAGAGGAAGUUACAGUUUCGAAAAGUUCUUUUAAGUGGAAAAAUAAUAAAUCUACAAUAAUGAAUAAUAAGGAAAAUCAAGAUAAAGAUGGGGGUAACAAUGAAACCAAGAGUGCUACUUCUUUUUCGGGAUCAUUUGAUAAGCUAUCUGCACCUUCAUUGUCUUCUAUCAUUUAUGAGGAAGAAUCCAGGAAUAACCGAAAGAGAGCUGUUGAGGUUAAAUCACUUGCAGAGAUUCAAGAAGAGGAGGAGUUUCAAAAAUGGUGGGAACAGGAAUCUAGUAGAAUUCAGAAAAGUAUAAAAGAACAAGAGAGGAUUGAGAAGAUGAUGAAAAAAGGGACAUCACCAUCGUCAUUAAGUGGCAAACCAAAGCAAAGAGCAACAAAAACAAAUAAAAAGAACCCGAUAAAAAAGGGGAAAGGAAAAGGAAAAGAGAAAGAGUCGCAAGCAUCAUUAAAUGAGAACAAAUCAACAGCAUCAAAAUCAGGACAAAAUAAUGGUAGUAAUCAAGCGAAGAAUAAAUUGAAUGGAAAAAAAAGCAAUGAUAACGAAAAUUCCAAUUUGAAUGAUGCAAAGAACAAUAAAUCCUAUCAUCGAAGACCAAAAAAUAAGCUGAAAGAGGGUAUAGCUAAUGGGAAUAAUGGAAGCAGCGGAAAUUAAGUAAUAAAACAUAAUUUAUUAUAGAACUAUCGAUUUAAUAGAAAUGAUUGAUUUAAUAGAUAUAAGAACUACGAAUUAAGAGGAAGUAAUUGGAUGAGAAAUUCAUUAUUACAAGGAAAUUUAUGUGUAUUAUUCAUUAGAAGUUAGAA